UGUUUACAAAAACUUAACCUAACCUAAAUUUGAAACAUAAACUGCUUACUAUCUGUUGUAUGUGUUAGUGAGUCGGAAUGGUCUUCUAGUGUUCUUUUCUUUUCUACUGAUUGAACGUUGUUAAAAUGGCAAGAGGUCCUAAAAAACAUUUGAAGCGUUUAAAUGCGCCUAAAGCAUGGAUGUUGGACAAAUUGGGAGGAGUGUUUGCACCUCGCCCAAGUACUGGUCCACACAAAUUACGUGAAUCUUUACCAUUAUUAAUUUUUUUGCGUAAUCGCUUGAAGUAUGCACUUACUGGUGCUGAAGUAACAAAAAUUGUCAUGCAAAGAUUGAUUAAGGUUGAUGGCAAAGUUCGCACAGAUCCUAACUAUCCAGCUGGAUUUAUGGAUGUUAUAUCAAUCCAAAAAACUGGUGAACACUUCAGAUUGAUUUAUGAUGUGAAAGGUCGUUUCACCAUCCACAGAAUAACUCCUGAAGAAGCUAAAUAUAAAUUGUGCAAGGUUAAAAGAGUUCAAACCGGUCCUAAAGGUGUACCAUUCUUGACUACUCAUGAUGGUCGCACAAUCCGCUACCCAGACCCUAAUAUCAAGGUCAAUGAUACAAUAAGAUAUGAUAUUGCAUCAUCUAAAAUCUUAGAUCAUAUUCGUUUUGAAACUGGCAAUCUAUGUAUGAUUACUGGAGGUCGUAACUUGGGACGUGUUGGUAUUGUUACCAAUCGAGAAAGACAUCCAGGAUCUUUUGAUAUUGUUCACAUUAAGGAUGCUAAUGAACAUAUUUUCGCUACUAGGUUAAACAAUGUAUUUAUCAUUGGUAAAGGCCAAAAGAAUUAUAUUUCAUUACCAAGGAGUAAGGGAGUGAAAUUGACCAUUGCUGAAGAACGUGACAAGCGUUUAGCUGCUAAGACCAAGUCAAGCAGACGUUAACUGUUUGUAUUUUGAUAUUCAUGUAUUUUGAAUAAAUGACCUUUAUAACAAACAAUAA